AUGAAGUACAUUCUGGCCACGGCCGCGAUUGUUGCGACGACCUUUGCGCAGAGCAACGCACCCAAGUGUGACGAGAACAACCUUUGCCCGCAGUCGGCACCAUGCUGUUCCCAGUACGGUCAAUGCGGUGUGGGAGCAUACUGUUUGGGUGGAUGCGAUCCUAAGUCGUCCUUCUCGCUGCAGUCAUGUAUGGCUGCACCGGUGUGCAAGAGUGGGGAUUUCAAAAUGGACAGCCUGGACGACGUUGCGGCAAACACAGUAUAUCUGGGAGACGCCAGCAAGGGCAUCAACUGGGUCAGCUCAGGCAAGCCAGUAUCCUACAACGGGGAUUCGCUUCUCUUGACCAUGGCACCAAGCACUGUCGGAACACUGCUCACGAGCACACAUUAUGUCUGGUACGGCAAGAUCAGCGCGACCAUGACUUCUUCGCAAGGACAGGGUGUGGUUUCGGCUUUCAUCCUCAUGAGCGAUGUCAAGGACGAGAUCGAUUUCGAGUUUGUUGGCGAUAAUGUUGAUUCUGCGCAAAGCAACUACUAUUACCAGGGUAUCACUGAUUACCACAACAUGGUGCCAUUGGACACAUCUGACACUCGUGUCAACGUUCACACGUACACCAUCGACUGGAGUGAAGACAGCGUCAUUUGGUCGAUUGACGGCAAGGAGAUGCGUACCUUGAAGAAGUCUGAUACGUGGAACGACACCACCAAGAGCUACCACUUCCCACAGACUCCAUCCCGCGUUCAGCUGUCCCUGUGGCCAGCCGGUCUGUCUUCCAACGGAGAGGGCACCAUCGAAUGGGCUGGAGGCCUUGUCAACUGGGACUCCAGCGAAUACAUGCAAAACGGUUACUACUACGCCAUGGUCAACGACAUCAGCGUUGAGUGCUACGACUCACCGAACGGCGGCAGCGGCAAUGCCUACUACUACACCAGCAGAGCUGGCACCAACGACACAGUCGCCAUGGGUAACAACAACACCGUGCUCUCUUCCUUCAUGGCUACUGGCGACAACCCCGAGGCCGGCAAGGCCAAGCCAAGUGCUUCGCAGAGCGGUAACAGCGCCUCUGCCAGUGAGACCAAAAUGCCAGAGUCUGUGCCAGGUAUCUCCGGCGGUGGCAACGCAGCUACCAGCAACGUUAACCCCGCGACUGGUGAAAGUGGUGACUCGGGAAGCACUGGUGGCUCUGGAUCCAGCAGCGGUACGACAGACAGCUCGAGCUCUGGCUCUGGCGGAUCCAGCUUCUCGCAAGGCGGCGGCAGCUCCGGCUCUGGCAGCAGUAGCGAUGCGCCAAAGAUCGUGGCUGGCAGCGCGGUGGCUCUGCUCGGCUUUUUCAUUGCUGCGUUGAUGUUGUAA